UGCAAAUAGUCCAUUUAUAUUUAUUUUCAAUUUAGUCUUCUCUAGUAUUUAUAAGACUGAUAUAUAUUGAACCCUGCUUAGUUUUAUCUGCUAAAUCAUGAAAGAAGAUGACAGGACAUAUUCCAUGCCAUUUCAGGAAUUAUGGAGAAUCACAGUUGGUAGAUCAUGCCUAAAAGAUGCCGAUCUUGUUGGAAAUGAACUGAACAAGAAUAUUCAAUGUCUUGAAAACUGUUUGAAGUACUAUAAGACAAACAGCGAAGAAUCGAAGAAAAAACUGAAGAAUAACAAAAGCAUCUCAUCCAACCUGCAGACAUUUUGUUUGAAGCUAGCAGAGUUUCUGAAUCUUGAUUCUGUUCAAACGCUGAAUUUGAUAUCUCAAUAUUCAUUUUGUGAUUUUCACGGAUCAAAAGAAAAAUUCAACGAACUUUUAGAAGAUGACAGAAGUCAUUUUGCAUUGAUCGGAAAAAUAACCGAAUAUUACUUCAGUGAAAGGUUACAUUUACUGCGAAUCAUAAAGCAUGCACUCAGCUAUUUUGAAGAUAAAUCUCAUGAAUUUCAGCAAGAAUAUGCAGAAAUUGUCAACAACUUAAAAUCAGAUCUCAGUAAAAAUAUUUUUUCUCAAUAUAAAGAACAAUUUUCAUCUGAUCCUCCAUCAUCUAAAUCAAGGGGUUCUAGUUUCACACAUCAGGUGAUCGUGCCAUUUGCCCUCCAAGCAGUAAAAGAACAAUGUGAACUAUUGGAAAUCUUAUUCAUGUAUUACUCUCAUUUUGAAAUGGCUCCUGAUAUCUUGCUACAACUCGGCAAAACAUUUAAAGAUCAGGGUUAUGGUGCUGGUCAUCCACUUCUUGAAGUGACGGAUACUAGCAAUCUUGCACAUCUCCUAUCUCGAUUGAAUAUAUUGCAACAAUUGAUAUUAAUUGAAGGUUUUGACAUGGAAUAUCUUCAGAGAUUGGCAGAAGCCGGUGGUACAGACCAACAUAAAUUAAGUCAGAAGAAAACAGAAUUCAAAGAACUUGAUAAAAUAUUUUGUUCACUGACUGAAAUACCAGCAAUGUCUCCUGUACUUCUAGCAUGGGCAACUAUCAGAUAUCAGAUUCUACAUGAUUCUGGGAGCAAUGUUACACAACGGCUCGGAGAAAGAGUUAUCGAACAGAAAGUUUGGUUUCAUAUCAUGCAAGUUUCUGAUCUUCAUCCAGCUGAAAGUGAUUUGCCUGUAGCGACAACUUCAAGAAAUGUUCUUCGACGUUUAUUAUCUUGUGUUACUCAUUCAUUCCAUGAAGAUACAUUGGGUGAUUAUGGAGAAUUAAUGGAGGCUGUCACUAAAGUUUUAUCCUCUUCAAAAACAGCAGCAGAAGCGUUUUGGUCUGAGAAGAAAAGAGGAACAGGUCUUCAUCUCUUGUUAUCAUCUGCAUCGGGAUAUUUUCCUCUUCAUCUCAGUCCAAUGAUGAAAUUGCUAACUGCUUUAACAUCUGGAGAAAUAUCUUCUUAUGAGGUUUUUUCUUUCAUCUCGAAUCUUCCCUCGGUAGCAGAAUAUCUGGCAGCUCGUGGUACAGAUGAUGUUGAAAGCAAUGAGAAUGGGUCGCACUGGAAAUUACUUAUGAAUAAAAAUCUACUUGUUGCAGGGGGUUUUCAUCAUUUCAAGGUGCCAAUGGGAACUGUUGGUAAUCUAAUCGACACUCAACUAGGAGCAAUGGUUCAGUGGCAAACCAAUGUAAAUGGUUGGAAAUUCUUUCAAGCUGAAAUUGAGAAUCUCCUUCAAUACAGAGGUCAAAGUUCAGAUUUAGAAGUUCUUGGCUACGUUGACAAAGCAAACUUGAUUUAUGGUUUGUUAGAAAAAUUAUUGGAACCGCUUCCAAAGUACAAAAAUUUGGCGAAGAAAAAUGAAAUCAUGGAAAAUUUAGAACCAUUUAUUGAGAAAAUAUUUCCUUUGAUACAAAGAUUGACCAACAUGAUAAAUCCACCUCUCGAUCUGUUGUCACUAUGCGUACGAUGUCUCACAAUGUGGCUCAAGUGUGAUACAUCAAUAAAUCAAGGUUCUGAUUCUUCUGGGCCAAGCAUGAAAAACAAUCAACAUUUGUUGUCCAUCAUCACAGCUAUUUCUAGAAUACAAUUCUUGCCUUUUUCUGAGCAGAAUUUUAUGAAAAGUUUUGAAUCAGCGGCGAAACUCCCUUUGCAUUAUGUAUCAGAACUACCUGCUCCUCUGUAUCCUGGAAUAUUUGGAAAUGUUCUUGCUAAUGUGGAAAGGUCAAAUGGUCGCUAUCCUUUUACUGUGGCCAUUCUCGAUUUAAUUAUUUCGUUGGUAGAAAGAACAAUUGACUGGAAUUCUGAAAUGUUUGAAGACGACAAGAAUUUAAAUUUGAAAUUGAUCAUCGCAGUGAUUGCACCAGCUGUCUUGUAUUUUCUAAGAGAGAUUUUCCCUACAUUUCAUAAAUGGAGACAAGAUCUUGAAACGACAGAUAAAAUAGGUUUAAAAUGUCUCAACCUAUGUCAUAUUAUGCUUCGUUCGUACAAUACAAGAUCGGCCAACAAUGAUGACUUGCAACCUGCAAGCUUAUGGUCUCCUAUUCAACAUAUGACACUAAACAUACUCACUCACUCACAUUCGGUCGAUAUUAUACUCAAGUUGAUCUCAAUACCAGUAGAUGUCCUGCACUCAUUGCUUGCAUCAGAUCCUACAUCACCAAGCGUAGUUUAUUUGAUGGAAAUCAUCAGGUUUGGAUUUUCAGUUUUAAACAAUAUAUUGAGACUUGAAAAUGAUAUUUUGUGUUCAAAUAAAACAAAAGAACAACAAUUUGUCGGAGCAAACAAAGAUGAAGAAAAUAUUGCAUCAUAUUUGCAUUCUGUAUUAUCGACACAUUGCCCUGGAGGACCAAAUUUGGUGUCACUUGUUGCUGGGUAUUUAUAUCAUCAGCAUAAUUCAUCUCUACCAAGAAUAGCUUUAUCUUUACUAAGAAGAAUAUCUGUUGCAGUACCGAUGUCUUUGCAUGCUAGCUUAGGACAAGAUGUUGCAGCUGUUAGAGACAUCCUACUUUCUCGUAUCAAGUCCAGAACUGAGGAUGUUCAUCUUAAAAUUGGGAUUCUUGAAUUCUUACGAAUAUCAGUCCAAACACAACCUGGAUUGUUGGAACUUUUCCUCGAUUUGGAACAAAUUGAUAAAGAUAAUCCUGAUAAGGGUCUAAAACUUGGAAAGUCAAGUUGUCUGUCUGCAGUUUUGGAAUUGAUCAACAAAGAUAUGCAAGGAACAUAUCAGUUACCUGCCGAGUUACACACUGCCUGUGUUAAAUUACUCAAUAGUUUAUGGGUAGAUAGAAGACAUGCAGCUUUGAAGGCAUUGAGGUCUUACUCAACAUCAAGUAAAACCAAAUCUUCAUUCUGGAAUUCUUUUCUUCUUCCAUUAUUCAGCGAUAAUUCUCCGAAAGAAAUUGCUCAGAGUGAUCUAUUAGAAACAUGUGCUCAUAUCUUGAAUACUCUGGGACUUGAAAAUUUCUACACAACACCGUCUGGUAAAGAUCCUGCACUUGAUCCAAUCAUGAAAGAAUUUGCUGAGAAAGACAGAUAUAACCAUUUGUCAAAGGUUAAUGUAUGUGUUUGCAAAACAUUACCGAGAUUGAACAAAGUUGAAUCAGAAAGUAGAUUGAUGUUUGUAGCUGCAUGGAGAACUUUUGUACUUGCCUCUGAUUUGAAAGAUCCAGUGAAAAUAAGAAAAUAUAUAAAUGAUAUUAUGAUGGCUGUCGGUGCUUUGGUUGAGGAAAUCGAGACGCACAGUGGAAUUGUAACUGCACUCAAUCUUACAUCCAGCUUACUUCUAACUCUCCUGCAUAAAUCUCCUAAAACAACUCUGGUAGAUUUUGAAGCUACAGAAAAAAUAUUUUCCAAAAUCGUACAAAUUCUAGAAGAUUUGAAGAAUUCUCAAGAAGAAGUUGAACGUUCACAGAUUUAUCUUCAUGCUAUUUUGCUUCAUCUAUUUGCAAAAUUGAAAGCAAAAGCAGAUGGAAAAAUCAAAUUUUCCAAAUCCAUAUCUAUCUGGUUAAGAAUAUCUUGUUCGAGUCUUCGUCUUGUGCAACGAGAUCAAGAAAAAAGUGAAAAUAAUUUGAAACGAAAUGUGGAGACUUCACUUCUAUUGAUUCAAACAAUUCAAGAAAUAUUUUUGAUGAACAAUACGGAUGAAGAUGUUUCUGCAUCGUGGUUGAAAAUAGUUAUCGAGGAAUCAUCUUUCAAUCUUCUUGGAUCCGUCAUUUUACGAUUAAUCUCAUCUGCACAUCUUGAUGAUGAUGGAAAUGCACUCAGAGCUUCUCUUUCUGUGGCGAUUUUCCGACUUUUUUCGACCGUAUGUAGACAUCACCAAUCAGCACUUGCCAUAUUAAAUACUGGAAUUAUGCCUGAAUUUUGCCUCAAAACUACUAAUACUUACACAGAUACUGCCGCAGCUCAAAAGAAGAACUGGUUGAAUGUUUAUCAUUUAUCAUUAAUUUUGGUUCAAAAUAUGUUGGACGUUCUAUCUCAUAAUUUCUUGGAUCAUGCUUUGGAUUUCAUAGGAGUUCAUAAUGAUAGAAUCAUACAGUGUUUGGAAGCGGUUCGAAUUAAUCAGAGUCCGAGUAUACUUCAAGAAGCAACUUUUACAACAGCUUUGUUGAGUUCGUUAUCAAAAUCGUUUAUAAGAGAAUGGAGAUUCAAAUUAUUACAUUCAUAUCAAUCAUGCAUUGAAAUCGUAGCAAGUUUAUGUCAUUCAUGUGUUGCAAUGCUGUUACGACCUAGACUUCUACAGGAAGCAAUGGAGUUUUCUUCCAAAAAAGAUCAGUCUGUUCAAAUAUCAACAUCUACACUUAAUGCAGCUCGUCAAACAUCAGUGGUUAGUCAGAAGUCUAUUUCACAGGAUGAUUUAGAAUCUGCAUCACCAAAAUUCUUAUCUGCACAAAAAGGUCUUUUCUCCAUACUUGGAAAUUGUCUUGCCAUUUUCAAACAUUUAUCACCAGACUUAUGUCAGAUAUUACUUGACCAAACUGUUGAUCCUGAAGAAUAUCAGCCGAUACUUUCUAUUGGAUUUUCUACUCCAUCACUAGACCAAGUAUCACCACCAACGUUUGGUACUAUUAUCAAUGCAUCUAAUGUUUCGUGGAAAGUUAUAUCACAGUCUGCAACAAACUCUGCUGAAUUGACUGAUAUUGCGACAUAUGUGAUGGACACUGCGCUGACUGUUGCCAUAUCACAAGGAAUGUUACUAUUGAAACAUCCACUGGUAUCCCACAGAGAUAAACAAAGAUUGAGAAGAGAACUCAGAGACGAAUUGAUUUCAUGUCUUAGAAGUGCAAAUCGCCAUUUCCGUCAUUCUUCCGGGGGAGUAACAUCUCCACAAACAAGUCCUUCUGCUGGUUCAAGAUCCACACUGAAAGCGAAAACAUCUUUAACUAAACAAUUUUCAUCAAAAUCACUGCAUCGUUCAUCUUCAACAUCAAUUGACAGAGGAAUGCUGGAUUUGGUUGACGUGUUUGUCAAAGGCGUUCUCAGAUGAUGAAAUAGAAGAAAAAAAAUUGCCCGUUGUUUGAUGAACACUGAUAUUCUCAUUUGUCAGCACUCUUUUCAUGUUCCAAGAGUAGUCUACUUUGUGUGUUUCCUCAUGUUUAUUAUUAUUUUUUCAGAAAUACAAUCUUAGCAUAAAUGAUGUUU